AUGAUCACGGUGCCGCAGGCGGGGAGCCAUCCUGAUUUGGACCGCUGUGGUGUCAAUACUCCGCCUCCUUACGAGGUGCGGUGGGGCUCUUCCGACCCCUGGAUGUACCAGCCCAGGGUGGUGGAGACGUACUUCUUCCCUGUCAGUUUCUUCAUCCUGUUCUUCAUCUGUAUCACGAUCUUCGCAGACGUACUUCUUCCCUGUCAGUUUCUUCAUCCUGUUCUUCAUCUGUAUCACGAUCUCUACAGGGCGAUCAUGUUGGGUGCAUUCAUAGACGCGCUUCAGAAGGGCCUGCCCCGCUACGAUCGCUGGAUCGAGUACGCGCUCUCGUCCUCCUCAAUGAUCAUCGUGAUCUGCCUCUACACUGGGACGACGGACGUGUGGGUGCUGACCUUCGUGUCCCUUGCGCAGUCGGUGAUGUGCUUCCUAGGGUAUGUCGUCGAGGCGGCGGACUACGUGGCCUCGAAGGAGUGCCACUUGAAGGAUACGGAAAGCAUUCCGGAUGAGAAAAUCGAGCCCGGAGAAUACAACAACAACACAGAAGAGAGUGAGAUGGCAUUCAGGGGGGUGUGGGGUUCCGACCGCACGAGCGCGGUUAUCGUCCCCGUGCGGCUUAACAUGCCGUGGCAGAAGGGGCCGGUGGUCAGGCCUGCUUACAGGACGAUUGGGAGUGAGAUGAGUGCAUUACGGGGGGCACAGGGGGUGGACCCGAAGGACCUGAAGAAGAUAAUGGAUUACGUGAAGGGGCUGGCGUUCUUAUUCGGGAUGUACUUAUUCGUGAUGAUAUGGUUCUACAUCGGCAACAGCCUUUUUGGAGACUACAUGGGGAAAUUCAACUGCCUCAAUAACAAGAACCUUUUCAGCUACACAGUCUUUCCACUCCUUAUCUAUAUUUUCGAGUUAGUUCUUUUCUUCACCUUCGCCGCGGCGCAGAUCUACUUCCACUUCAUCCAGGAUGAGGAAAAUAAGGCCUCCGGUUACCGACGGGAGUAUGCCUACAAUAUGCUGAGCACGUUCUCCAAGGCGUUUUUGGCCAUCAUUCUCAUCGCCCAGUCGGCGGUGUUCAGCGUUUAA